AUGUUUCGCACCACCUGCCUCGCAGUCAUCAUCCGCGUGCUCACCCUCCUCGCUGUUACCACGACUUCAACCGUUGCGUUCGAAAUCACCUUCCCCGGUCCCACCGACUACUGGGUCGCAUGUGGCUGGAACAACAUGACGUGGAAGAGUGAUGCUACCGAUCCGCGUGCUGUCACCAUCAUGCUGACCAAUGCGAACAAGACGCUACUUAACGACGAUUUUGCGAUCGGCAACGCUGUGCAAGGGACCGAGAACGCUGCGAUGGUGUAUAUCCCCUGUUUGUCGGCGGCGAGUGGGUUCGCGGUCAUGUUUGUCAAUGCUAGUCAGUAUGACCACAAGCAAAACAAAAUUCUCUACACCUCAUCCCAAUUCACCAUUAAGCCGAAGGGCACUCCUCCGGACUCAGCUUCAGGUCAAACGAACAUCCCGAGUCAGAUCCAGCCCUACCUGCAAACGCCGGGCAUCGUCUUGCCGCAGGACAAGGACGACGAAUUGACCAACACCACCGCCAAAUCCGACCGAAGCAACGAUGCACUCCCACGUCUCGACUGUUCUUCGUCUUCCUUUGGAACGUUCCAGCCUGAUCAACGCCCGAAUGCCGCAGCUGGUGCUCUUGCUGUCACGCUCUUGAAUGAUUUGGGAUUUAUUUCUGUCGUUGCUGCGUUCACUGUUUUGGUGGUCACUUCGUAA